AUGGACUGGUUUAUUAUGAGAGCUUUCUUAGUUUACAAUUUAAAGCAUGUAAAUUAUUUCUUUAUAUUUUGGUCAGAUUUAAAUUAUUAAGAUUUUAGAUAUAUAAAAUUUCCACAAAAAAUAAUGAAUAAAAUUGCUUAUUAGAUUUUUUGGUUAUUUGGAUUACAUAUUUUAUCCACUUUGAUGAUAUUUUUUGUGGUUUAAUUAUAAGUUUUUUUGGACUUAUUAUUGAAAUCAUAUCAAAUGAAUAAUUUUUGCCAUUUUAGGACAAUUAAAAGUAAAAAAAUUAUUUAUAUUGAAUUAUGGAAAUAUUUAAGACAUCCGAAUUAUUUUAGAUAUAUGUUAGUUUAGAGUAGAAGUUUCAUUCCUUACUUGAGUGCUGGAGAAGAAUUAUACUGGACUUUUUAUGAGGCUGUGAUUGUUUUGGUAGUUAUGAAUUUAUAUACUUUACUAUGGAAGGCUCAAUUAAAUCAAAUUGAUGAAGAUGUUAAUAUAUUUGGUUUAUGUGAUGGAUAUAUGAUAUGAACUAAUAUAAUAUGUAUAAGUAAAUUUCGUAAAUGAAUUUACUUUUUUAGAAAAUAAAAAAAAAAAAAAAAAAAUUGCAUUAAAAAAAGUUUUUAUUAAAAUACCAAAGAAGAAAAAUAAAAAUCUAAUAAAUUAAAAUAAAAAUAUGAAAGAAUAUGAUAAUUAAUAGAAUCAAAAGGACUUGUUAAAAUAAUGCAUAAGCAGGUUGUAUAGCAUAGCCUUUGUUUAUAAAAAAAUCAUUUAUAUCUCAGACGCAGGAGAUUCCAGAAGUAUUUUGCAUUAUAUAAAAAAACAUCUAUUAAUGUCAAUGAACCACAUAAACCGGUAAAUUAAAAACUAAAAGAAAUAAUUAAAAAAAAAAUAGAGGAUAUUUUAGUUUAAAUUCUUAAUAUAAUUUUUAUAUUAG